AUUUUGCAUUUUCCUUAGUUCGUAACUUUGGACCUCGAUCAUUUAGAUUUGGGUUUAUUUAUGGAUCAAUAGAUGGUUGGUGCUUUUCCUCUCUUUCCUUUCUGGGUAAAUGAUCACCCACGCUAUACUCCAUUGAUCCCAUGACUUAGGAAAGAUUCACCUAGAUGGUCAUGCCCAAGGACUUCGUACUUUCAAAUUAUCUUUUGCGACACAACAAGAGAAGUGAAGAGAAAGAGAAAAAUUGAAAAAUCCAAAAGAGAAAAAAAGGGAAGCGGAGAAAAAAAGAUGAUGAAGGAAACACCCAAUCGGCCGCUACGGUCUGCACACUUUUUUUUUUCCGCUAUCAAAGCUAUGAUCGACUAAUGCAAGGUCCAGAUCAAGCUGAAGAAGUCGAGAAAAGUUCCCGUCUUUGAUCCAUCCAAUCAUCAUCCAAUUGAACGUUCGGCCAUCAUCUUCAUCACUGAAAUUAUUCCAAGGACAUGCUCAGAUGAAAGCGAAAGCCGAGCUAACUAUAGUCAGUAGUCAGUCUAUACCAGAGAGAGCAUAACGUUUGUUUCCUCCUAAUAUAGCUUGCCAAGUCAUCUUUUCUUUCUCAAUCCUACAUCUUUAUUUCUGCAUAUUCAAGGACAAGAUCAUCCUCCAAGAAAUACUAGUUUCUCUUCUCUUCUCUUCAAUCCUUCCUUCUAUCUAUUUUCACUUUCCAGACUUGAUUUCGUUCGUUUCGGAAAGUAGUUAAUACUGUUUUUUAAUUAUCACUGCAAUACCUUUCCAUCAAUAUCUUAAUACUUAAUCAUCUGCAGCAAAUCCCUUCCCUUUCCGCGCACUCAAAGAUGGAGCAACAACCGACAUUUAGAGGUCAUACACCUGCAAAAUCUACUGCCACAACACCAUCAUACCGACCUGGCACACCGGAAAGCAGAAACUCUCCUUUCAGCGGAGAGGAUAGUAUACAACCUUCUCCAUCAAUAGAAAGGGCCAACCCAUUCAUCACUCCUCUUACUUCAAGGCCAGGUUCUACUUUUGGAGCAUCAUCUUCUUCGAUAGGAAGGACAUACGGCACAAGAUAUUUUCAUUCACGGAGAGUAAAGAAGGGAGAUGUUGACCAGCCAUGGAGAGCGAGCAAGGACCCAAAAGAGAAAUGGGUCACAAUCAUCCCAAUUAUUGGCAUACUGGUUGGGCUCGGAAUUGCGGGGUUCUUCAUUUAUGAUGGUAUACGUUCCGUCACUCACCAUAAAUACUGUCCAGUCAUGAGUGAUGAUUUCUCAUCUGGUACACUCAAUACCGAUAUUUGGACUCAGGAAGCAGAAGUUGGUGGCUUUGGGUAUGUGUUGAUUUCUAGGGUCUGGCAAAAAACUUACUAACUUAAUCUACAGUAAUGGAGAGUUUGAACAAACUACACUUGACGACGAAAAUGUAUUCAUCAAAGAUGGAAAGCUCAUCAUUAGGCCAACCUUACAGGAUGCAAAACUCAUCGAGUCGAAUAAUGUUAUUAACCUUACAUCUGCCGGAACAUGUUCGUCCGAUGUACUUUCAAACUGUGUUUCUGUCACCAAUACUACCACCGGCACAAUUAUUCAACCUGUGAAAUCAGGAAGAAUCAAUACCAAGAAAGGUGCAACCAUCAAAUAUGGACGUGUUGAAGUAACUGCAAAAUUACCUUCUGGAGAUUGGUUAUGGCCUGCCAUUUGGAUGUUACCGGUAACUGAUACUUACGGAGCAUGGCCCGCAUCUGGAGAGAUUGAUAUUCUGGAAUCUCGAGGAAAUAAUCACACAUACGGACAAGGAGGAAACAACAUUAUCUCGUCUACCUUGCAUUGGGGACCUGAUUCUGACAAUGAUGCUUUCUGGAGAACAAAUGUUAAGCGUGCCGCUCUUCACACCACUUACUCUGCCGGAUUCCAUAAGUAUGGUCUUGAGUGGUCCCAAAAAUACCUUUACACCUACAUCGACUCCAAACUUCUUCAAGUACUCUACAACACCUUCAAUGAACCACUCUGGCAACGUGGUGAUUUCCCAGAUUCCAGCAGCAACGGAACUAGAAUCGUAGAUGUUUGGUCUCAAACCGGUCGUGUCAACACACCUUUCGAUCAAGAAUUCUACCUCAUCCUUAAUGUCGCAGUUGGUGGUACCAACGGAUGGUUCGCCGAUGGAAAGAGUGGAAAACCUUGGAUUGAUGCUUCUGCCACUGCCAAGAAUGAUUUCUGGAAUGCGAGAGAUUCUUGGUAUCCUACAUGGACUGCGAAUGAUAAUCAAGGUCAGAUGGAAGUUAGCAAAGUAGAAAUCUGGCAACAAUGUGAUGGAAAUGAGGAACUUUAAGAACUAUUUAGGUUUUUGAGGGAAGAUCUACGUUGAUGUAAUUAAUGGUUGUAGAAAUGGUCGGCGCUUGGGAAUACAUCGUCUUGGUUUAGAGGGAAGAUAUAUAAGAUUACAUGGUCGGGAUAUGAAUGGCUAUCUUUUCUGUUACAAUUUUUCCUUUUUCAAUUUGUCAUUUGAGUAGAAUAGAGUACUGGCUAGAUGUGAUAUGAUUGAUUGAUUGAUAUUUGUUCAUAGUUUAGAUAAAAUGAUA